AUGUCUCACAUUCGUGAGACAAUCUUUGGCUACAAGGAUUUGGAAGUGAUUUUGCACCACACCGAUGCAUCGAUGUACAUUUAUGUUCAAUUAAAAUACACAUCUGAUAUUUCAUCAAUAACUCCCGAAUUCAAGGUUUGGAAGGUGGAUGAAAGUUCGCCAGCUUUCGAUGCUUAUUUGGCUCGAGUUCAGACACUUGCUUUAUGGUAUAUUGAAGGCGCCGAGUACACUGAUAACACCGAUACACGAUGGCAGCAUUAUUUCCUCUAUGAAUCAGUGAAAAUGAGCGAUGGAUGCCGUCGUUUCGUGCUUGCUGGAUACUCAUCAAUUGUAAGAUUCUAUAAUUACCCAGAUAGGGUGCGCCCGAGAAUUGCUCAUAUGCUGUUGCUACCAGCUUUUCGCCAUGCAGGCAAUGGUGGCCGAUUUCUGCAAGCAAUUUACAGUGAUUUGAUUAACGACUCGAAAGUUCAUGACAUUACAGUUGAAGAGCCAGCAGAAUCGUUCAUAAGGACGCGAGAUUUUGUGGAUUGCUGCAACUGUUCACGGCUGAAAGAAUUUCAAGCGGAAAAUUUGAAGAAAGGUUUCAGUAAGGAGAUGGAAAAUGCUGCGCUACAACGAUUUAAAAUACACCCCGUGAGUAAAUAUUCCUCAGUUAGGCGGUAACU